AAUACAAAGAGAUCUAUUUUAUUCAAAAAUAGUGUUCCUUUAGGGCUCACUAUGCUUGAUACUAUUAUAAGUCAUUAUUUUAUAUAGUUACUGUAAUAUCAAGAGAUGAAGAGAUUAGGUAACAAGUAGUUAGUGAUAGAGGAAGGAUUUUAAUUUGGGCACGUUAGCUUCAAAGUCCUGAUCUCUCAGCCAGGGAUCAUUUUUUGUAAGGCCCACAAGCUAAGGUUAACAUUUUAAAAAGGGUUGUAAAACAACACCAACCCACUCCCUUGAAGAAUAUAUAAGGGAGACUAGAUGUUGCCUGAGAAGGCUACGAUAAUUAGCAUGUGGCCCUUUUCAGAGAAGGUUUGCUGCCCCCUGCUCUAAGCCAUCCAGCUGUGCCUCUUUUGUAAGUGGGAUGCAUAGUAUUCCAGUUUAUGAAUGUGCAUUACACAACAAACCAAUCCAUUGUGAUUGACACUUUCUCUACUGAAAAGAAGUGAACAUCCUUCUGUAUCUGAACAUUUGUGUGACAAUUUUCUAGAGUUGGCUGCUUCAAGAUUAUGAACAUCAAAAAAAAAGAUUAUGAACAUUUCUAGUUUUAAUAGGUAUUGUCAAGUUAUAUUUUUAGUUAAAACAACAACUGUAUUGAAGUAUAAUUUACAUACAGUAUAAAGCAUACAUUUGAAGGGUAUGAUUCGAGGAGUUUUGACAAAUGUAUGCACCUGCACCACUGCCUUGAUCAAGAUCUAUGACAGUUGCCAUCAUCUCAGAGUCUUUUCAUGCUCCUUGACAGUCAUUCUCUCAACUUUUUUUUUUUUUUUGAGACAGGCUGUUUGUCUCACUUUGUUGCCCAGGCUGGAGUGCAGUGGUGAGAUAUCGGCUCACUGCAACCUUGACCUCCUUAAUCGAACCUGUCACCUCAGCCUCUCUAAGUAGCUAGGACCACAGGCAUGUACCACCAUGCCCCGCUAACUUACUAAUAUUUUUUGUAGAGAUGGGAUCUUCCCGUGUUGCCCAGGCUGGUCUCCAACUCCUGGGCUCAAGCGAUUCUUCUGCUCUGGCCUAAAAUGUUGGGAUUGUAGGUGUGAGCCAUGGCACCCCGCUUAUAGUAUUCCACUGUAGGAAUAUACUACAGUUUUUAAAUUCAUGUACCUAGGGAUGGACACAUAGGACUGUUUUCAGUUAUUGAUAAAACUGCUAUGACUAUUUCUAUGUCUUUCCUGGACAUGUUUUAGUGGUAAAUAUUGAUUUUACAUGUAAGAAACUUUUAAACUCUUUUCCAAAGUAGUUGUGCCAUUUUACAUUGAGAGUUAAACAGUUGUAACUGUGCAGGAGUUACAGUUUCUCCACAUUUUCAUUGACACUUUAUGUUGCCAGUCUUAAAUUUUGGCCAUUAAAUGAGUAUUAACUAUCUCAUUGUGGGUUUGUGUUUCUCAGAUGAUCAAUGAUAUUGGAACAUCUUUUCAUAUGCUUAUUGGUCAUGUGUAUACUUUUUUUUUGUUCAAGCCUUUUGUUCAUUUAAAAUAUUGGAUUGUUUGGUUGAGUGGUAAGAGGUCUUUAUAUGCUCUGGGUACAUAUUCACAUUAUCUCUCAGAUUGUAUUGCAAAUAUUUUAUCCUUAAUUUUUGUUUGAUUUUAUGUAUUUUUAACAUAAUGAUCAAGUUAAAACUUUAAUAUGGGAAGCAUAAUCAGAUAAAUUACGUGAAAACAUUUUUCUUAAUUCAAGUCAGUUAGUGUAACAGAAUAUUAUGCGUUUGCAGAAACACAUAAACUAAAAGGAUAUUAUUCAUAUACUGUUAGGUGUGGCAUGAGAAAUUUUUUUUUUAAUUAAGCUGAAUAUUUUUGAAAAUGAUCCACAUUUAGUAAUUCUCUUCAUUUUGCAUAAUUCAAACCUUUUCAUUUAUUAGUGAGUUAAACCUUAAAUUUUUUCUUCAAAGGAUAAAUGAGAAUAUUAACUGUAAAAAGUAACCUCAGUCUUAGAAUAUGGCAUGUAGAAAUGAUGACUGCCAAACAGCCCAUUUUGACAAUCGAGUAAAUGUUUUUAUUAUAGAAAUGGAUGGCCUUUCAGAGCAUGUAUACUUGAUUUCUAUACACUAUUUUAUUUUUGUAAAGUACCAGUUCCUUCUUCUGCUCAACACCUAAUUUGCCCCAACAAUAAAUUUUUAGUUUUUUUUCAAUAUACAAGUAAUACAUAACGUUUCCUUUUCCCUGUUUAACAAAGAAAAACUAUGUAAAGCAAGCCGUGACUUCCAUUGGGUGGUGUUUACCGCCUCUGUAGGUGGUCGUGGCAUUGCCCACUUCAAUCUUCUCAUGCCUGUGGAUUCAAGUUUGAGAAACUCCUAAAGGUAGCAUUCCAAGUAGUCCAUAGAACAGCCCAAACUCUCUGAAUUAGUAUUAUCUCUGGUAGUUUUCUUUCUUUCUUUCAGACGGGGUUUUGCUCUGUCACCAGUGACACAGUCUUGGCUCACUACAACCCCCACCUCCUGGGCUGAAGCAGUCCUCACACCUGUCUCCUGAGUAGCUGGAACCACAGGCACACGCCACUGUGCCCAGCUAAUUUUUUGUAUUUUUGUAGAGAUGGAGUUUCACCAUGUUUCCCAGGCUGGUCUCAGAUUACUAAGCUCGAGUGAUCCUCCCACCUUGGCCUCCCAAAGUACUGGGAUUACAGGCCUGAGCCGCUGUGUGCUCUGGUAGUUUUCUUAUACCUUUCUCCUGUUGAUCUCACUUUGUUUUUUACUACAGGAAAUUUCACAUGGAGAUUCUGUGCCUGUCCUGUUUCUGGAAUAUCUUCCUUAUUUUAGCAUCUCAAGAUGCUGUUUAGCUUGUGGCUUGAAAAACCACCCCUCUCCCAUCCCAAUCAAAUUAGGCAGUUUCUUUCCUGCUUAGAAAGAAAUACCAUAACAUGUGUAUUACUCUUUUGUCUUUUUCUCUCUCCUUUUUCCCUUUUUUAUUCGUGAGACGGAGUCUUAUUUUGUUGCCAGGCUGGAGUGAGGUGGCUCCAUCUCAGCUUACUGCAACCUCCGACUCCCUCGUUCCAGAGAUUCUCCUGCUCCAGCCUCUUGAGUAGCUGGGAUUACAGGCACGUGCCACCAUGCCUGGCUAAUUUUUGUACUAUGUUAACUGCUGUCAUGAUAUUGAUCACUAUAAAAUUUUAAUGUAUAUCCUUGGUAGACUGUUGAUCGAAGUCAGAAAGCUUGAGAAACUGAGGCAGAAAAACCAAAAAACAUGAAAUGAUGAUUCUGCAAAUUGAUCUUACAAUGAUGUUUCUUUUUUUUUUUUUUAAAUGGUACACAGGAUUUCACUCUCUUGCCCAGAGUGGAGUGGAGUGGCGUGAUCAUAGCUUACUGUAUUCUCAAACUCUUGGGUUCAAGGGAUCUUCCCUGUCUCAGUCUCCCAAGUAGCUGGGACUAUAGACAUGAGACAUGAUGUGGGGCUAAUUUUUUUAUUUCUUAUUUUUUGUAGAGAUGGGGUCUUGUAUGUUGCUCAGGGUGGCCUGCCACUCUGUUCCAGAGCUGUGGGAUUAUAGGCUUGAAUCAGAUCCCAGUGAUCUUUAUCUCUCAGCUGCAUUCAUAUGGGCUAAAUUCGUAGUAUAUAUCAAGAUGUCUCCAGGAAGUUAAAAAAAAAAGGUAUCAGAUAAUAGGGCAUGACUGCUUUAUUUAUUUUAGUGCCUUAGUUUUUGAUACUAAAGACUACAGAAGUGCUUUAAGCAAAUGACAAAAAUCUAAGACAACUAGAGAGUUAAUUGUUUUUAAACAGUGAAAGAAUUUCAGUCAUAAUUAAAGGAGCUUUUCUAUUUUUUGAUGUCAUAGCCUAUAGUGAAAUUUCAUAUAUUCUAUUUGUAUAUAUACGAGUACCUCCCUACCAAAUGCCUGCACGUAAUAGAACUAACUACUAUUUGCUGAGAACCUGCCUUGUGCCUAAUAUACUCAUUUUACCUUUUUAAAAAAUUGUAAACAGCACAAUGUUAAAUUUAUCACUUUUACCAUUUAAAAUGUAAAAUAUAUCAGUAGUGUUAAAUACAUUCACAUUGUUGCACAGCAGAUAUCUAGAACUUUUUCAUCUUGCAGAACUGAAAUUCUGUACCCAUUGAGCAUUAAUUCCUACUUUUCCUUCACCCAAAAUUCUUGGCAACCACCUUUCUACUUUCGGUUUCUGUGAUUUUUGACUAUUUUAGAUACUUACAUGCAUGGUAUUAAACAGUAUUUGCCCCUUUGUGAUAAGCUUAUUUUGCUUAGCAUAAUGUCAUUAAGGUCCAUCCUUGUAGCAUGUGACACGUUUUUCUUUAAAGGCUGUAUACUAUUUCAUUGUAUGUAUAGACCACAUUUUAAAAUCCAUCUAUCUGUUGGUGGACAUUUGGGUUGCUUGGUGAUUUGGUGAUUCACUAUUCACGGUUAGCCAAGAGUAAUAUGCAGUAAAUGCUGGUGUACAAAUGUCUCUUUGAGAUCUUACUUUGAAUUCUUUUGGAUAUACAGUUGCCCAUUAAACAACACAGGUUUGAACUAUGUGGAUCCAUCUGUAAGUGGAGUUUUUCAACCAACCACAGAUAGAAAAUAUACUAUUUGGCUGGGCGCGGUGGCUGAUGCCUGUAAUUUCAGCACUUGGGAGGCUGGGGUGGAAGGAUCAUUUGAGGCCAGGAGUUGGAGGACCAGCCUGGACAACAUAGUGAGACCUUAUCUCUACAAAAAAUACAAAAAUUAGCUAGGUGUGGUGAUGUGUGCCUGUAGUUUCAGCUACUCGGGAGGCUGAGGCUGGAGGAUUGCUUGAACCUGGGAGAUCAAGGCCACAGUGAGCUGUUACUCAUGCCACUGCAGUCCAGCCAGGGCAACAGAACCAGAACCCAUCUUAAAAAAGAGAGAGAAAAUACACUAUUUGUGGAGUGUGAAACUUGUGUAUAGGGUGGGUGGAUUUUUUUGUAUAUUUGGGUUCCACAGGUCAGAUUUUGGGGUUUGAGUGUAUGCAGAAGUGUGAUUGCUGGGUCAUAUGGUAUGCUGUUUUUAAUUUUUUGAGUAACCUCAGUAUUGUUUUCCAUAAUGGCAGUGAAAGUUUUAUAGCCCCACCCACAGUACCCAAGGGUUUCAGUGUCUCUGCAUUCUUGCCAACACUUGUUAUUUUCUCUGCGUCUUUGCCAAAACUUGGUUUUUUGGUAGUGGACAACAUAAUGGGUGUGAGGUGCCAUCUAAUUGUGAUUUUGGUUUGCAUUAGCAAUGUUGAGUAUUCUCCAUGUUUAUUGGCCCCAAAUAUUUUACUUUUGAAUCUUUUGAAAAUUGUGCUUUUUAAUGAUGUAAAAGUCAAUACUAUGCAUCAUUUUUUACAUGGGAAAAGUAAAAUUUGUCCUUAUGAAUAUUACAAAAGAUUCUAAUAAGGUGAACUUUUUUUUCUUUUGAGACAGGGUCUCACUCUGUUACCCAGGCUGGAGUGCAGUGGCAUAGUCUCAGCUUAUUGCAGCCUCUGCCUCCUGGGUUCAAGUGAUUCUCCCACCUCAGCCUCCCAAGUAGCUGGUAUUACAGGCAUGUGCCACCACAUCCGGCUAAUUUUUGUAUUUGUAGUAGAGAUGGGGUUUCACCAAGUUGGGCAGGCUGGUAAUAAGAUGAACUUUGUACUUUUUUUUUUUUUGAGACAGAGUCUCACUCUCAUCUAGGCUGGAGUGCAGUGGCACGAUGAGGACUGACUGCAGCCUUGACCUUCUGGACUCAAGUGAUCCUCCCACCUCAGCCUCCCAAGUAGCUGGGAUUACAGAAUAAUCAUGGGCCAGACUGGGAAGAAAUCUGAGAAGGGACCAGUUUGUUGGCGGAAGCGUGUAAAAUCAGAGUACAUGCGACUGAGACAGCUCAAGAGGUUCAGACGAGCUGAUGAAGUAAAGAGUAUGUUUAGUUCCAAUCGUCAGAAAAUUUUGGAAAGAACGGAAAUCUUAAACCAAGAAUGGAAACAGCGAAGGAUACAGCCUGUGCACAUCCUGACUUCUGUGAGCUCAUUGCGCGGGACUAGGGAGUGUUCGGUGACCAGUGACUUGGAUUUUCCAACACAAGUCAUCCCAUUAAAGACUCUGAAUGCAGUUGCUUCAGUACCCAUAAUGUAUUCUUGGUCUCCCCUACAGCAGAAUUUUAUGGUGGAAGAUGAAACUGUUUUACAUAACAUUCCUUAUAUGGGAGAUGAAGUGUUAGACCAGGAUGGUACUUUCAUUGAAGAACUAAUAAAAAAUUAUGAUGGAAAAGUACAUGGGGAUAGAGAAUGUGGGUUUAUAAAUGAUGAAAUUUUUGUGGAGUUGGUGAAUGCCCUUGGUCAAUAUAAUGAUGAUGAUGAUGAUGAUGAUGGAGAUGAUCCUGAAGAUAGAGAAGAAAAGCAGAAAGAUCUGGAAGAUCACCGAGAUGAUAAAGAAAGUCACCCACCUCGAAAAUUUCCUUCCGAUAAAAUUUUUGAAGCCAUUUCCUCAAUGUUUCCAGAUAAGGGCACAGCAGAAGAACUAAAGGAAAAAUAUAAAGAACUCACCGAACAGCAGCUCCCAGGCGCGCUUCCUCCUGAAUGUACCCCCAACAUAGAUGGACCAAAUGCUAAAUCUGUUCAGAGAGAGCAAAGCUUACACUCCUUUCAUACGCUUUUCUGUAGGCGAUGUUUUAAAUAUGACUGCUUCCUACAUCCUUUUCAUGCAACACCCAACACUUACAAGCGGAAGAACACAGAAGCAGCUCUAGACAACAAACCUUGUGGACCACAGUGUUACCAGCAUUUGGAGGGAGCAAAAGAGUUUGCUGCUGCUCUCACUGCUGAGCGGAUAAAGACCCCACCAAAACGCCCAGGAGGCCGCAGAAGAGGACGGCUUCCCAAUAACAGUAGCAGGCCCAGCACCCCCACCAUUAAUGUGCUGGAAUCAAAGGAUACGGACAGUGAUAGGGAAGCAGGGACUGAAACAGGGGGAGAGAACAAUGAUAAAGAAGAAGAAGAGAAGAAAGAUGAAACUUCGAGCUCCUCUGAAGCAAAUUCUCGGUGUCAAACACCAAUAAAGAUGAAGCCAAAUAUUGAGCCUCCUGAGAAUGUGGAGUGGAGUGGUGCUGAAGCCUCAAUGUUUAGAGUCCUCAUUGGCACUUACUAUGACAAUUUCUGUGCCAUUGCUAGGUUAAUUGGGACCAAAACAUGUAGACAGGUGUAUGAGUUUAGAGUCAAAGAAUCUAGCAUCAUAGCUCCAGCUCCCGCUGAGGAUGUGGACACUCCUCCAAGGAAAAAGAAGAGGAAACACAGGUUGUGGGCUGCACACUGCAGAAAAAUACAGCUGAAAAAGGACGGCUCCUCUAACCAUGUUUACAACUAUCAACCCUGUGAUCAUCCACGGCAGCCUUGUGACAGUUCGUGCCCUUGUGUGAUAGCACAAAAUUUUUGUGAAAAGUUUUGUCAAUGUAGUUCAGAGUGUCAAAACCGCUUUCCGGGAUGCCGCUGCAAAGCACAGUGCAACACCAAGCAGUGCCCAUGCUAUCUGGCUGUCCGAGAGUGCGACCCUGACCUCUGUCUUACUUGUGGAGCUGCUGACCAUUGGGACAGUAAAAAUGUGUCUUGUAAGAACUGCAGUAUUCAGCGGGGCUCCAAAAAGCAUUUAUUGCUUGCACCAUCUGAUGUGGCAGGCUGGGGAAUUUUUAUCAAAGAUCCUGUGCAGAAAAAUGAAUUCAUCUCAGAAUACUGUGGAGAGAUUAUUUCUCAAGAUGAAGCUGACAGAAGAGGGAAAGUGUAUGAUAAAUACAUGUGCAGCUUUCUGUUCAACUUGAACAAUGAUUUUGUGGUGGAUGCAACCCGCAAGGGUAACAAAAUUCGUUUUGCAAAUCAUUCGGUAAAUCCAAACUGCUAUGCAAAAGUUAUGAUGGUUAACGGCGAUCACAGGAUAGGUAUUUUUGCCAAGAGAGCCAUCCAGACUGGUGAAGAGCUGUUUUUUGAUUACAGAUACAGUCAGGCUGAUGCCCUGAAGUAUGUUGGCAUCGAAAGAGAAAUGGAAAUCCCUUGACAUCUGCUACCUCCUCCCCCUCCUCUCUGAAACAGCUGCCUUAGCUUCAGGAACCUCGAGUACUGUGGGCAAUUUAGAAAACAAAAAUGCAGUUUGAAAUUCUGAAUUUGCAAAGUACUGUAAGAAUAAUUUAUAGUAAUGAGUUUAAAAAUCAACUUUUUAUUGCCUUCUCACCAGCUGCAAAGUGUUUUGUACCAGUGAAUUUUUGCAAUAAUGCAGUAUGGUACAUUUUUCAACUUUGAAUAAAGAAAUACUUGAACUUGUC